AUGCCGUUUAGAUAUAAAGGUCUGUAUGCCCCUGGGAUUCUCAAUCUGCGUGCUUCUGGUGCUAUCAAGACAAUGGCAUUGUUGAAUUCGGUUGGUGUCAAUCGAAAUGGUUUUUCUCUGUUGCUUUGUGCUCGUUUGUAUAAAAGCUUUAUUCGACCCAAGCUGGAAUACGGCUUAGCAAUAUCGCAUCUCUCUUUCCGUGACUUCAAGGCUCUUGAUGCUCUGCAAAAUCGAUUGGUUGGUAUGUUUGUUGGUAGUACAUGGUACAAUGUUGCCAAACAUUUGACCUGUAUUCCCAGCAUGAAGCAUCGAUAUAAUGUCCUGGCAACACGUUAUGCUCUUCGUGCUGAUACUCUCCCUGAUGAUUGCUUGUUGGUUCUGCUUCGUCGUGGAUUACUGUACACUCGUCUAGACAGAUUUAUUUGUCAAAACCCGUUGUAUCUGACACUACCUGAUCCGCCGCCAUUCACCACUGCUGGUCUUACUGAAGUCUUUGAUUCGUAUUGGCAAGAUCAAGUAGAUCAUCAACUUGCUGCUGCUGCUGUUUCUGGUACCCAGACCCUCCUCCGUGCUUGUCGUCGUUCUGUAUCUCGUCCAGAUCCCAUUUUGUACCUACCAAUUGGUCGAUCUGCUCGAAGUCGCCUUGUUCGCUGGCGUCUUGGACGUUUCACAAACAUGCGUGAAGAGUGUCCGUGCGUGAUGGGUGAUUUUAUAUCUCGAAAUCACUUUCUGACAUGCCGUGCUCUGGAUCGAACACUUCUCGAUGCUCUGCCUGUGGCUCCUCCUGGUAUUCAUCGUAUAGACUAUGCCCUUAAUUGCUUACCUGUGAAAGCCUCUGAUGGUCCUCCAUCUUAUUGGUCUGCUUUGCUUGCUCUGCUUCAUGCCAUUGAUUGUUUAGUGCAUCCGCUGGCUGUCAUCCCUGCUGAUCUUGAUUCAGGGUUGUUAUGGUUCUCUGCUAGAUAG